AACGGAAAUGUGCUGAGAGACUACACGUGCGAGUUGUGGAGCUGUACACAUUUACCUGAAGUUAAACCCUUUUGUUUUGUCUCGUAUAUAUAUUCAAAUAGUUGAGUUUAAUAUGACAAAGGUAAAGAAAGAGAAAAGUGGCGCAGAGGAGGAGACCGGGACAACUGAAAAGUCAUAUCAAGAAUUAAUAGCUAACAUAAACCCCAUCGCAAACCCUCUUGCAUCGCGAAAACUAAGCAAGAAGCUGUAUAAAUGCGUCAAGAAAGCGGCCAAACUGAAAAACAUCCGACGAGGAGUAAAAGAAGUACAGAAGUUCAUAAAUAAAGGGGAGACGGGGAUUGUGGUGUUUGCCGGAGAUACACUUCCUAUCGAAGUAUAUUGCCACAUACCAAUCAUGUGUGAAGACCGAAGCCUUCCCUAUGCUUAUGUUCCAUCCAAAGUUGAUUUGGGUGCAUCAGCUGGCUCAAAGCGGCCCACCUGUGUCAUCAUGGUCAAACCCCAUGAUGAGUACAAGCAAGCCUAUGAUGAGUGUCUGGAGGAAGUCACAGCUCUACCUAAACCAAUCUGAGGACACUUGACUUGGGUUUUAGUUUUAAGAUCAUAAUUGAAUAUAUCACAUCAAAUUAUUGCAGUGGGUGACUCUGUGGGUUAGUUUUACCGGUGAAUCUAUUGUCAUUUUUAAGAUUAACCCCAAUUUGUCUCCCUUGCCACCUUUUCAUUUGCAAGAGGAUUCAUGUGUGAGUACAGUUGAUUUGAUGUUUAGUAAAUGAAUCUUUAGUUGGAACAUUUCGGUCACUGGACAGUGGACUGAGCCAUUGUUACACAUGUUGUAUUUUUCAAUAUUUUGUGCUCUUGAUCUCUAAUAUUUGAUCGUUGAUUACUUAUUUUUACUGAACUGUUUGUUUGAAUGGGACAUUGAACUGGUUUUGUAGAAAUGAACCUCUCAAUUAGCUCCUAGAAACAUCAUAAUAAAUGCAUUUGCCUUUUGGAUUUAUGCCCAACGUUAUCUGGUUUCUUUGUG